UAACAGCUGUCGUGUAAUCAGCUGAGCAGAGAGGAUCUCUGCAGAGGGUAAAUAUCAAGGCGUCUUAGAAUUUUCUAGACGUACUCGGAUAUACAAUUUUUAUCAAGAAGUUUCCCAAGAAAAGGAUGUCCCUAUAGAGUCAUUUGCCGCGCAAGAGAAACCAUGUCGGGAAACAACUUGGUUCUACCCAUAGUGCUGUGGGGCCGCACGGCGCCCACUCACUGCAUCUCCAGCCUGCUGGUGAUGGAUGACCUGGCCACCAUCAUCACUGGCUGCCACGACGGACAGAUCUGCAUCUGGGACAUGACCUCUGACCUGGAGAUCUGUCCCAGGGCCAUGCUGUUUGGCCACACCGCCUCCAUCACAUGCCUGUCCAAAGCCAGUCCGGGCAGCGACAAGCAGUACAUCGUCAGCGCCUCAGAGAGCGGGGAGAUGUGCCUGUGGGACGUCAACGACGGCCGCUGCAUCGAGUUCACCAAGCUGGCCUGUGCCCACACCGGGAUCCAGUUUUACCAGUUCGCCAUCGGGACGGAGCGCGAGGGCCGCCUGCUGUGCCACGGCCACUACCCGGAGAUCCUGGUGGUGGACGCCACCAGCCUGGAGGUGCUCUACUCCCUCGUGUCCAAGAUCUCCCCCGACUGGAUCAGCUCCAUGAGCGUCAUCCGCUCUCACCGCACGCAAGAGGACACUGUGGUUGCCGUGUCGGUCACUGGGAUACUGAAGGUGUGGAUUAUCACCGCUGACGUCAGUAGGAUGCAGGACCUGGACCCUGUGUUCGAGGAGGAGUCAAAGCCCAUCUACUGCCAGGGCUGCCAGAGUAUCUCCUUCUGUACCUUCACACAGCUGUCUCUGCUGGUGGUGUGCUCCAAGUACUGGAGGGUGUUUGACGCGGGAGACUACUCGCUGCUGUGCUCGGUGCCCAGUGAGAAUGACCAGGCGUGGACAGGGGGAGAGUUCAUCGCCGCCGACAAGGUCAUCAUCUGGACUGAGGACGGCUGCAGCUACAUCUACAAACUCCCUGCCAGCUGCCUGCCCGCCAGCGAACACUUCCGCAGCGACGUGGGCAAGACCACCGAAGGCUCCAUCCCGCCUCUCGUGUACAGCAUCGCAGACCGCUCCGACAAGCAGCUUCUCAUCUGCCCCCCGGUGACGCGCUUCUUCUACGGCCGCCGCGAGCCCUUCCACAAGCUGCUGGUGCAGGGGGAUUCUGCCGGACGCCUCUCCCUGUGGAGCAUCCCCGACGCCUCCCCUCCGCAGCCCCCGGCCUCUGCCGCAGAGCUGCAGGUGUCCUCCACCAUCAGUCUCCAGGAGGCCUUCGACAAGCUGGCCCCGCUGUCGGCCGGCAUCAUCGACCAGCUGAGCGUCACGCCCGGUGUGGAGGAGCCCAUCAAGGUGACGGCCAGUGUGUACAUCCCCUCCCAGGGCAGACUGGUGUGCGGGCGCGAGGACGGCAGCAUCAUCCUGGUGCCCGCCACCCAGACCGCCAUCGUCCAGCUGCUGCAGGGGGAGCACAUGCUGCGCAGAGGUUGGCCUCCCCACCGCACCCUGAGGGGCCACCGCAACAAGGUGACCUGCCUGCUGUACCCCCACCAGGUGUCCCCGCGCUACGACCAGCGCUCGCUGGUGUCCGGCGGCGUGGACUUCUCCGUCAUCGUGUGGGACAUCUUCACGGGCGAGAUGAAGCACAUCUUCUGUGUCCACGGGGGGGAGAUCUCCCAGCUGCUGGUGCCACCAGAGAACUGCAGCACGCGGGUGCAGCACUGCGUCUGCUCCGUGGCCAGUGACCACUCGGUGGGCCUGCUCAGCCUGCGGGAGAGGAAGUGCAUCAUGCUGGCGUCGCGUCACCUCUUCCCCAUCCAGGUCAUCAAGUGGCGCCCGUGCGACGACUACCUGGUGGUGGGCUGCUCGGACGGCUCCGUGUACGUGUGGCAGAUGGACACAGGGGCGCUGGACCGCUGCGUGAUGGGCCUCACGGCGGUGGAGAUCCUGAACGCGUGCGACGAGGUGGCGCCCGCCACCGUGGACGCCCUGAGCCACCCGGCGGUGAACCUCAAGCAGGCCAUGACCCGCCGCAGCCUGGCCGCCCUGAAGAACAUGGCCCAGCACAAGCUGCAGACCCUGGCCACCAACCUGCUGGCCGCCGACAACGCCGACAAGGGGAACCUGCCCAAGUACUCCCACAACUCGCUGGUGGUGCAGGCCAUGAAGACCAACGUGACGGACCCAGACAUGCACGUGCUCUUCUUCGACGUGGAGGCGGUGAUCAUCCAGCUGCUGACGGAGGAGGCCCAGAGGCCCAGCCCCACCCUGGUGUCGCCCGAGACCCUGCAGAAGAGCCAGGGGGCGGCCCAGCAGGGAGGCUCCUUCCUGGCCAACAAGAUCUUUAAACAGGUCAAGGAGACCAUGAAGGAGACCAUCAAGGAGCACCUGCUGGACGAGGACGAGGAGGAGGAGGAGGAGAUGCGCCGGCGCGAGGAGAAGUCCAAGUCCCUGAGCCUGCUCGAGUACAACCUGACCAUGGACACGGCCAAGCUCUUCAUGUCCUGCCUCCACGCCUGGGGCCUCAACGGGGCCCUGGACGAGGUGUGCCUCAACCGCCUGGGCAUGCUCAAACCCCACUGCCCCAUCUCCUUCGGCCUGAUCUCGCGCGGCGGCCACAUGUCCCUCAUGCUGCCCACCUUCAAGGAGUCGCUGCUGCGCAAGAUGGCCCUGGCCACGGGCCGGAAGCUGUCGCUGUCGGAGAUCGUGGGGAAGGGCACGUACGGCGUGUCGCGCGCCGUCACCACGCAGCACCUGCUGUCCGUCAUCUCGCUCGCCAACACGCUCAUGGGCAUGACCAACGCCACCUUCAUGGGCGAGCACAUGAAGAAGGCUCCCGUGAGGCCUCCAAGACCGGGGACCCCCGAGACCCCCAGGAAGUCGGCCCCCCAGGUCUCCAGCCCGGCCGUGCAGGGACAGAUCAAACAAGCUGCUGCUGUUGCUGCCACCAGUUCUACUGGCCCUGGGGCUAGUCCCUCUGCCCCUGCUUUCCAUAGCUGCCCCUCAGUCAACGAAGGCUGGAGCCAGCUCGCCGCCAUGCACUGCGUCAUGCUGCCCGACCUGCUGGGCCUGGACAAGUUCAGACCCCCCCUGCUGGAGAUGCUGGCCCGGCGCUGGCAGGACCGCUGUCUGGAGGUGAGAGAAGCAGCCCAGGCCUUGCUGCUGGCUGAGCUGCGUAGGAUUGGUCAGUCAGGCAGGAAGGACACCAUCGACCUCUGGGCGCCCUAUCUGCCCCAAUACGUGGACACCGUCAGCUCCCCCUCCGCCGAAGCCCCGCCUCCGAUCCCGCCCCCAUGCCGAGCCGCAGCCGGCCGAGCCCAAGGCCCCCGAGGAGGAGAUCGACGUCACGACGAUGACAUCACUGCAGCCUCCGCCGAAGCCCCGCCUCCGAUCCCGCCCCCUGCCGAGCCGCAGCCGGCCGAGCCCAGCCCCGAGGAGGAGAUCGACGUCACGGACGAUGACAUCACUGCAGGCUGUCUGUCCAACCUGCCCCCCAACGCCAAGAAGAUCUGCAACUCCUACGAGGAGCGUCGCAAGCAGGCCACCGCCAUCGUUCUGCUGGGGGUGAUCGGGGCCGAGUUCGGGGCGGAGAUCGAGCCCCCGAAGCUGCCGUCCCGGGUGAUGGACAUCAUCAUGUACUGCAUUGAGGGUUCUUUAGUGAAGAAGAAAGGACUACAGGAGUGCUUCCCAGCCAUCUGCAAGUUCUACAUGGUGGGCUACUGCGACCGCAGUCACCGCAUCGCCGUGGGCGCGCGCCAGGGCUCUGUGGCGCUGUACGAUGUCCGCACCGGGAAGUGCCAGAACAUCCACGGGCACAAGGGCCCUAUCACAGCGGUGUCCUUUGCUCCUGACGGACGCUACCUAGCCACCUACUCCAAUGCAGACAGUCACAUCUCCUUCUGGCAGAUGAACACCUCUCUGCUGGGCAGCAUCGGCAUGCUCAACUCGGCCCCCCAGCUCCGCUGCAUCAAGACCUACCAGGUGCCGCCUGUGCAGCCGGCCUCGCCCGGCUCCCAGAACGCCCUCAAGCUGGCCCGCCUCAUCUGGACCUCCAACCGCAACGUCAUCCUCAUGGCGCACGACGGCAAGGAGCACCGCUUCAUGGUCUGAGCCGCCCAGCACCCCCCCCCCCCCGCCCCGCCCCCCCCCCCGGAGCCCUAAGGAGGCUGUGCAUAGUUUACAUUGUUAAGUCUACUGUUGUUUUUUGAUUACUUACACUGUAGCCAUUCCUUGGUAUCCAGACCUUGUCGUCCCCCAAGUUUAGCACACCCCGCUACUGUGGUUCUGUGUGUGUGAAUAUGAAAUCUACACCUUAAAUCCCACUUGGUAUGGCCCCACUUUUCCCCUGCAUUUACACUGUCUGUGUGUGUGCAUGCGCAUGAGAGAGAGAGAGAGAGAGAGAGAGAGAGAGAGAGAGAGAGAGAGAGAGAGAGAGAGAGAGAGAGAGAGAGAGAGAGAGAGAGAGAGAGAGA